AUGGAUCGUACUAUAGCUGAAUUAAAAGGUUUUGAAAUAAAACGUAAUGGUGAGUUACAAUUAAUAAAAAUAUUUCAAGCAAGUGUUUUUGAAGCAUUUCUUAAAGGAACAACACUUGAAGAAUGUUAUAAUCAUGUUGCAACUAUUGCUGAGUAUUGGUUUGAUAUGUUAUAUUCACAUGCAAAAGAUAUAUCAGAUAAAGAAUUAUUUAAAUUAAUAUCAGAACGAAGAACUAUGUCAAGGAUGUUAUCAGAUUAUGGAGAACAAAAAUCAACAUCAAUUUCGACAGCUAAAAGACUCGCUGAAUUUCUUGGUGAAGAUAUUAUUAAAGAUAAACGUCUUUAUUGUCGUUUUGUUAUAGCUAAUGUACGACGUGAUGCACCUAUUACUGAACGUGCUGUUCCAUUAGCUAUAUUUCAAUGA